AUGGCAGAGGCAACAUUUAUUAAAACCGAGCCUGAUGAUCAAAAUUCUAGCCACUUUAUGAUGUCCAACCCCGCCUACGCAAUGCACAGCCCGUCGUUUGGCAACCAUUUUGGUGGCUCUGGAAUCAACGACGGAAUUGACCCCUCCGAACUCACCAUGCAGAGCAGCGGCUUCAUGUCCAACCCCUUCAGUUCCCCACAAAACCUGUCGUCGAGCUUCAACCUUGGCAACUCGGGCAUCGACACCGAAGAAUUGCUCGAUUUGGAGAUUCCCGGUCACAACACAAUGCAUGAUGGUCGCUUCAACAUGGUGCCCGACCAGCGACAGCCGACUGGCAUUUCGAUGAGUCACCAAGGACAAAUGUCUCACAUCUACUCCAACACGCCCGACGGCGCCCCGAUCAAUAGCCCGUUCAUCCGAGGUGGCUUUGGCUACGACCAGUUUCGCAUGCAGCAGCACACCCCGCAAGACGCCUCUCCCCAAAUGAACGCCACGAAUAUGCAUUUCGAUCAGAACUACAUGAAUGGAAAAGCGCGCGCGAGCAUGCAGAAUCCCGGAGGACCCCGAAGCCCCAUGUCACCAAAGACGCCUGCCAUGGCGGGACUCAACAUUGCCACCCCCGACUCUGGAAGCUUCCCUUCGCAACCAAUCAGAGCGGUCCCGCUACAGCAUCAAAAGAAUUUAUCACAUCAGUGGGACGGCACGCCUGGCAGCUCCCACUCGUUGAUGGAGUCGCCAAUCUCGUCACCUGGCCACCCGUCUCACCCUCUCAUCAUCUCGGAAAUCCUCAAGUCUGGAAAGCAUGCUUCCCUGCCUACCAAGGUCGGUCAUCAUUCUAGCGCGCAGCAAGCUCUCGAGUCCCAGGAAGCAAAGAGAAAGCGCCGCCGUGCGUCACACAACCUCGUGGAGCGUCGCCGGCGCGACAAUAUCAACGAGCGCAUCCAGGACCUUUCGCAUCUUGUCCCGCAACACCGUCUUGAGGAUGAGAAGAUUCGAAAACAGCUUCUGAACAAUUCUUCGCUCUCGAGCUCUAUGGGCGGAUCGGCAAUGAGCCCGACCAAUGCUGCGACUUCUCUUCUUGCCGGUGGCUGCGGACGACGUGCGACCGGGGGAAAUAUCACCAUGGGACUACCCCUUGAAGAGAAAGAGAAGGGCCCAAACAAAGGCGACAUCCUGAACGGCGCCGUUGGCUGGACGCGAGACCUCAUGUGGGCACUACACCGCAAACUGGAACAAGAGGACCAGCUGGCCGAGCUGAUCAGCUCCCUGGGCGGAACGUGGCCCUUCGAGCAGACGGAAGAAGACAAGCGCAUGCGCACGGAGCUGCUGGACGCCAUGGAGAAGAACAACGCCAACUCGUUCGCGUACAGCCGCGCGCCCGGCACGGGGCUGCGCGUCCCCAAGCACACCAACGUCGCCGGCGAGCCGAUCCACGGCGGCCACUCCGGCAUGGGCUCGCAGAGUCUCAGCCCGGGCUUCCACAGCGGAGGCAGCGGCGCGAACAGCGGCGGCGGCCAGGCGCAGUACUGGAACACGUCGGGACACGCGGGUAUGAGCUUCAAGGAAGAAGAUGAGUACACGAUGGAUAUGAAUUAA